UAAAAAAAAAAAAAAAAAAAAAAAAAAAAAAAAAACAAAGCAUUUUCCAGUCUUCAUAGUCCGUACACUCGUUUCUCUCCCAAAUGUGAAACAAAGAACUAAAGAAAGUAGAGGUAUCUGCAACAUACCUACCUACAAAGAUUUUUACUUUAUUUUUAGCUCCUACCAAAAUACGUACUUUUCUACUACUGUAGAUUCCAUCUUUGAAUUUUCUGCAAAACAACCCCCUUUUCAUUCUUUUCUUCAGAUGCAUUCUUGUAAAAAGAUAUUAAUGACAGCUAAAGAACAUUGAAAAACUUGGUAAUGUUUUCUUCUUGUUGGGGUUCUCAAGAUUGUUUCUUUAAGACCUUAAAAUGUGUGAACCUUGUUGAGAGUUAAACGGUCAUAGUAGAUACUUUUUUUAAUAGAGGCAAAGGUGUUUGUUUUGGUAUGAUUUUACUUGUUGGGUUUUUCAAGAUUGUUUGAAAGACAUCCUCAAAUGUCUGAACAAGCAAAGGUUCGUUUGGUUCGUUGCCCAAAGUGUGAAAAUUUGCUACCUGAGCUCAUUGAUUAUUCUGUUUACCAGUGUGGUGGUUGUGGUGCUGUUUUACGAGUUACAGCUAAAAAUAAAAAUGGGGAGUUGAAUGGAUUUGUAGAAAAGUCUGAAGAAGAAACUGUGGUAGGAAUUGUAGAGAAGCCUGAGAAUUUUGAUCUUUCAGCAAAGAAACUUAUGAAUAUGGAUGAUGCUUCCGGGUAUGAUGUCAAGUCAAAUACUAGUUCUUCCAGCACAAGGGAGAGGAGGAGGGCUUUGCGUGAUGCACCUGAAACUUACAGGUCUAGUUUGAGGAAUGUUUCUGAUAAUUGGACUAAUGAGGAUGACAGGAUGAUGAACAAGACUAAUAUUGAUGAACAAAGUCAAGAAAAUAUGGCCAACGAGUUUGAACCUUUCGAUUCCCAGAGUGGAAAAGAAAUUGAAACUCGAAGAACAGGCCGAGUGCCAUCCUGGAGAAGUAGGGAGAGAAGUGAGUCAGAGUUGUUGCCCAGGUCUAGAAGAGUUGAUCUUGAAGGUAUGAGGUAUUUAUCCUCCAUUAACUCAGGAGAGGGUCCAUUGGGCUACUCUUUAGGCUCAAUUUAUGAUAGCGAUAAGAGGUUGUACAUGAAGGAUAUGGCUGGGUUCAAUCAGGAUGACCAACGUCAAGAAAACAUGGUUAAUGAGUUUAAACCUUCCGAAACUCGGAAUGGAAAAGAAAUUGAAUCCCAAAGAACAGUCCGAUCUCCAGAUUGGAGAAGUAAGGAGAGAAGUGAGGCAGAGGUGUUGCCCAGGGCUAGAAGAGUUGAUCCUGAAGGUAUGAGGUACACGUCCUCCAUUAACUCAGAAGAGGGUCCAUCUGGCUACUGGUCAGGUUCAAAUUAUGAUAAUGAUAAGAGGUUGUACAGGGAGGAUGUGGAUGGGUUCAGUCAGGUUGAUUGUCCAAUUGAUGAGCGAGCAGAGCUUUUGAGGAAGUUUGAUGAGCUAAAAGAGAAGCUCAGUCGGUUUGGUGAUGUCUCUGAGAAGUCUAACGAAAGAGUCCCACUUGAAAGGAGGACGACUCAUCAUGAAGGUUAUGGAAAUCCCGUUGAUCGGUUUCCUGAAAGCUCUACAAGGAUCAUGAAUAGAGAUAUGGCACAAAAUCCGGUUUCUGGUGAAAGACCAACUCUGUACCUGAACCAAUACAAUGCGCCCUUGCCUUUUAUGAAUGUUGAUGACAUGGCUGGCGGUGGAUUUUAUCCUCCUAGAGACCAUAUGGGAUAUGGAGGUCCUCGAAGAUCCCAGUUGCUUGGUGGAGAUCCAUACCCAUUGCAGCCAUCUUGGGCCCCUUUUCCUGGGCAGUCAAUGGGCAAUGAAAUCCCACUUUCGGAUCCUUAUCGACGUUACCCGCCUCAGACUAAUCCUCAUCAUCCAUCUUGCAAUUGUUUUCACUGCUGCAACGUAAAUCAAAUCUGUAGUCGAGGUCCACCCACUGCUUUUGGUGAGAAAAGUUUCUCUAACAUUUCGCAGAACCCAAUGUUGUACCAUCCUCAAAGUAGUGGUGGAUUUGGUAAGCAAGAUUAUAAUCCUCGAAAUGCCAAUCCUCUUCCAUUGAAGCCGCAGAUUCCUCAAUCACAAAUGGCUCAUUCUGGUGACUUGAACUCUGCUGUAGGUGGUUAUGGUCGUCGACUUCCUCCCAGGGUACAGCCUAGUGGACAACUAUGUCUACCUGUGGCUGGUGGAGCCCCAUUUUUAACAUGCUUCAGUUGUUUUCAGCUGCUGCAAUUGCCUAAGGAGGUUUUUCAUGGAGGUAAAAGGCAAAAAAUGAAAUGUGGGGCAUGUUCUACGGUUAUGGUUAUUGCAGUUUCAGGCAAUAAACUGGCUGUUUCUAUUGAUGAAAGAGUGGAUAAUAGCACUGACAAGAUGGGUCAUCAACAUAGAGUCAUGUUGAAUGAAGGCAAUCGAUAUUCCAAUGGCCAAACAAACCGUCCUAGCAUGACCUUUUCCUCUGAAGAUUACGAUACUUCUAGAUAUGAUUUCCAUGCAAUGGAUCAAGAACUCAGGUCACUGUCAACAGGCCGUGGAAGUUCCAUUAAAUCUGCCGAGAUGAGAAGCCUUUGUUCUACAUCUUCACGCAAUUCAAGGGAAGAGGACAACCUCAAUAAAACUGCUGCAACAAUGGAAAAGUCUGACUCUCAGCUGCCAAUGAAGGGUAAAGAAUCUCCACCGCCAGCUGGUUCACCACUGCAAGAAUACUUUGAGUAUUCUAACAAAUAUCAUGUUGCCAACUGCCUGGAUCAUGGAAACAGAAGUACGCGCUCAGAUGCAGAGAAGCUGAUGCAGAAAAAGACUACUUUACAGCAAAACUCCACUAAAGAUUUAGCUGUAGCAACUGAGAUAGACAUACCAUCCAAUGAGUAUGGUAACACUGGCUCGUCUUUAGGGUCUGGUGAAUCUAGUAAAGGAGACCAACUGAAAGCCACUAAAGAUUCAUUUUUCUCUGGCAUUAUAAAGAAGAGCUUUAAAGAAUUCAGCCGAUCCGAUUCUACCGACGGGGAAAAAGCCAAUACUACAGUUAAUGGGCAUCUUAUACCAGUUCGGUUGAUUAAAAAGGCAGAAAAGCGUGCUGGACCAAUACAACCUGGACAUUACUGGUAUGAUGUUCGAGCCGGAUUCUGGGGAGUGACUGGUGGUCCUUGUCUGGGCAUUAUCCCUCCAUUUAUUGAAGAAUUUAAUUAUCCCAUGCCUGAUAACUGUGCCGGUGGAAGUACUGGAGUAUUUGUCAAUGGGAGAGAGCUUCACCCAAAGGAUCUGAAGUUGCUUUCGAGUAGAGGUCUCCCAGCUGAGAGAGACAGGUCUUAUAUUCUUGAAAUUUCUGGCAGAGUCCUUGACGAGGACUCUGGUGAAGAGUUAGAGAGCCUGGGGAGACUUGCUCCGACCGUUGAGAAAGCAAAACAUGGCUUUGGCAUGAGACCUCCAAAAGUAGCAGCAUAACUAUCAUAACAAAGAGUUUGGCCUUACUUGGAGGUUGCUUACAGUAUACCGAAAAUCUGGAGCUGUAGUGCCUGACAGGUGAAUGUUAGUUAUUGUGAAAAAGACAUGUAAAAUGAAACUUAGAUUAUUUUUAUUUUGUCUCGUUCCAGUGAGAAAUUUGUGUCUAUUCUAUCUACGUUGUUUUUCUGUGUCAAUGUAAAUUCAUCAAAAUGUAGUUGCUGUGUGCACUUCUGUAGCAUUAAAGAGAAGUGGUGGGAAUUUUGUGUUUUAACUCCUUUGCAUUGUUAGCUUUCUAGCUUUAUUGCAGAAUGUUCCGUCUAUAUUAAAGCAAGAUGUUUCUAGUACUGAUACUUUCAUGGAGAUUUAGUUAUUAAUCUCCAUUGUAUGUUUUAAUGUUAUUUCUUUUAGAGAUUUUCAAUAGCAGAAAUUUAUUUUGUCU